AUAUUUCUAUGAAAAUUGAAAAGGAUGUUGGGAGAAUUUCGCGAGUUUGUAAAAUUUAUCCACGAAGUAACAGGGGAUUACCCCGUCAAACUGGUUGAAUUUUUUCGGGAUAUAUUUAUUUACGUUUGUGACGAUAAAAUACCGCCAAUAUUUGAAUAUCCGUGCUCUGCAGUUACGAAACCCACACCGUUGACUACUUCACUUGAGAAAUAUUUUACUAGCCAAACUAAUGACUUCUAUGAAUUAACGUACAACGAAGGGUGGGAUCAGUUGGAAGAACACUUGGGACCUGAUCUUCUGCGAUUCUGUCUCACUGAGUGUGUAUUUGCUAGGAAAACAAAUGCCGGUGCUUUUAUGGUAUCAAACUUAUCAAAUUUGCGCAACAAAAUACCAGUCAACUCGUCUGAAAAACUAAACAAAUGCUUUUAUCACACAGCUAAAUGCCAAGAAGAAAAUACAGACGUUGUGGUCGUUUCCCAAGACGAUAAGAUUAGAGAUUGGGAGAAGCUGCAGAAAAAUCUGAUUCACUUAUUUUGUCUUGAGGAAAUAGAUAUCUCGACGGAUGCAAGUUUGUUCAAAACUUCGAAUAGUCGAAAGUUUCCAGAUAGUCAUAUACUAGUCAAGAAAAAUAGUACGACGACUAUAUUUUCACAGGUCAUCAACACUCGAGUAGGAUGUAACAAAAUUGUUGAGUAUGAGGAUUGCAUUGAGCCGCUAGAGCUGGUGCUCAAGAAACUGAAGAAAGCUCAUUCCAAAUACGAUUACGAAAAGGCGCUGAAUAGACUGACUACUUCAAACGCAGUAGUUACUAGUGGUGAAAAGACGAUCAAGCACCACAAUUCUGGAAAUCAGCUACCACUUCCGGUCUUAAAAAAAUAUUUCACAAAUAUUUUUAACCAUGUGAUUCCACGGGAAUUGUUUGGUAGUAACAAGAACAAAAAUACUGUGAUAAAAGUGAUUUGCCACUUGCUUGAAACACCUCAGUAUCAGUCCAUUAAUUUGAAGUCAUACAUUCUAAAAAUGAGAGUAUGUGAAAUCCGUUGGCUGGACAGUGUCAAGAACAGUGACGCACAAUGGACAAUAUUGGGAAAAUUACUAAAAUGGUUUUUCAAAAACUACAUACUAGAAAUAUUUCGUACUCAAUUAUAUGUAAUGGUGACAAACAGUAAAAAGAAAAUUUACUUCAAACAAAUGGAUUGGCAAAAACUGACCGCUGAAUUUAUCAAGAAAAUGUGUCAGGACAAAGUUAUCGCCAGAGUCAAUGGCGUCACUACAAAGGUCUCCUGCGACGGUAGGUGGAUUCUAUUUCCAAAGAAGGAUGGAGUGAGGCCUAUUAUGUCUCGAGUUAGGGGCAGCGAAAUAGGGGAAUAUACAAAACUGGCUCUCUGCUUUCUGCAGCAGCUGCUCAUGACAAAGUAUGGGGAGUCAGGAAAUCAAAUUUUCAUUGAAAAGUGGCGAAAUCUGGUACAUAAAUUUCGGAAUGAAAAGAACAAAACUAUGUACUUAGUGUGUUGUGAUAUCCAGAAUGCGUAUGGGUCCAUAGAUCAGAAUAAACUUCUGGCAAUUGUGGAAUCACUUGCUAAUUCAGCUGGUCCGCAACUGAACCUGAAAUGGUAUAAAAUAUGCAAAAAUAUCAAGGCAGUAAAGUCGGACUGCUCUAGAUCCAAGAAAUGUUUCAGGUAUCCAGAUCUCGAACUACCGAUACGCUCGAAAUCAAUAUUUUCCUGCAGAUCUGAUAGGGUGGUCAAAGUCAGAACAAAAAUGUUGCUUCGUGAAAUUAAGAAAAAUGUACUAAUGCAGAAUAUACUUAUAUUGAAUCAAAGGUAUUUACUUCAAAAAGGAAUUGCUCAGGGAGCUAUAUUAUCAACUGCGUUAUGUGACUUGUAUUAUGCACACAUGGUAGAAGCGAAUAUGGCAGAAUUCAAGGAUAAGGGUUUACUAUGUCGAUAUGUCGAUGACUUUCUAUUCGCAACAGAAGAUAAAGACUCGGCUGAACGAUUUUUACAGCAUGUAAAUAAAGGAUGCCCAGAUUAUAACUGCAGUUUCAAUGCCGCUAAGACAAGAACAAAUUUACCAGGACAUGAGCAUACUAUGAACGAUAUCACCUAUCUUGGCUACAAUAUCCACCCUAAAACUCUAGAGGUAACGUCAGAUUUUUCAAAAAGCCCACGAUACACGACCAUGCUGUCAAAGCCACGCUAUCAAAUAUUACAAACAUUUCGCAAGCGAUUAUCGAACCUGGCUUCACUUAAGAUAGAUGGAAUGGUUUUGGAUCCUAAAAUAAACAGUGAAGAUACUAUAAUACACAAUGUAAAUUGCAUGUUCAAAAGGCAAGCCGGACGCUGUCUGUGGCUUUUAAGUGCGCUGUUUGACGAUAUACCUAGUCAGCGCAGUGAAAUCUUUAAAAUAAUAAGGUUGAAUAAUCUACACAUCUUUCGUCGCAUGCAACGGUAUUUUCUUACGCAUGAGUAUAACUUUGAAAGCCUCGUCCCACGACUGUUGGUGAUACCAUGGAAAUCAUAUCGACAAGUAUUCGGCAAGAUGCCAAAUAUUCACGUCCAUUUUCGGUCUCUGUUUCUCAAGACCAUAAAAAUGAACGAACAUGCAGGGGCUAAAUUGAACCAGUGACAAAGCAGCCGCGUCAUUAUCCCUCCUUAUUGUGAAAAUGUUACUACAGUACAAAAUUUUCUAUUGGCAUAAUACAAGAUUUUAUAUAUAAAUAAAUAAGAUGUGUUUACUGAGACUUUUUUU